AUAAUGUGAAUCAAAGCUGUGAUGUCUCGUCACAAGUCCAUGCAGUGCACUUUUUGGCCACCAGGUGGCCAGAACUGCUCACUUCUCGACCUCCUCACAGUUAGUUGAUAUCAACUGUGCCAAACGUCCAAAUCACGAAGCUCCCAUGGUUACACAACAGGAAGAUGUCGAGUUUCGUUCUGCUGUCGUUUAUUGAGGUGUCAUGAGACCCGGAGGUCAUGUUUUUUUUACAGAAGGAGUCAAAGUGGUUGUACUGCUAAUAGAAUACUGUGAUUUGUUUUCUGGUGGAGUCCUACACUGGACUCCGUCCGUCCUGUCAGACUUCAGGUCGAGUUGCUGUGCCUUCGUUUUAGUCUGUAGUUCUUCCUAGAGCUGAAUUCUGCGUAGGACUUUGCAGCUGAUGAGUGUUUCGACAGUGAGGAGCUUUCCCACUGAAACAAUACCAUUUUUCCCCGAUGAUGUAACUUCCAUGUUUGGACCGCUGGUAGCGGCCCGAGCGAGUACUGGCAUUGUAUUCCAACAAGCCUCAGGAUGUCCUGUUGGGGGUUUAGGGGCUGGACAGAAGAGGAGGACGUGAAGCAGCUGAAGAGAGUCGCCUGCUUUGAAUGGUGGUGGCCACAGUAGCUGGGCAGGGGUUGAAAGAGGCUCCUGGGGCCCCAUGGAAAUUGGAAUCCGUCAAAAUACCUUUUUUUGCAGCCUUCUGAUAGAGCUUUAACCCUCUCUGCGUCUGAGGGAGGAAUUUUACAUCGGAUUUAUUUCUAGAAGAAAACACUGUUGGACGUCCUGAAGAAGAGCAGCUUGUUCACGUCGAAGGCGUUUGGACAGAAAAGUUGUGCUUCUGGCUCGUCUUAGUAGUCGUUACGGCUUGAUUCUGUCCAACAGCAGGAAUGUUGAAGAGCGUGUCGAGGUGGGCCACUGGUGGUUUUGCCAUCUGUAACACAGUGUUCCUCUGUGACAGCAGCCAGUGAGGAAGCAUCUUAGUAUGUGGUAGGAGUGAACUUUAAGGAGGUGAACGAAGAGAACAAACAGAAGCUCUUCGCAGAGAUCUACAGCGCUGUCGACACAUUGGCGUUCACCUUUGGCAAUGUAGUGUCUGACUUCCUUAUGGGAGAUGUAGAGAAUGGAUCGGUGUUGGGGCUCCCCCUGACUAAGAGGAGCAGGUCUUUUGAGAACCUCUCUGUGGAAUCUGGAGGAUCCUGUCCCGAGAAGGAUGAUCCACCAGGGCCGUCUCCACCGGUUCGGGCAGAGGAGGUGGACAGGACGCUGCAGCGGCAGGACAGCGGCGUGGAGUCGGCGCUGCUCUACGCCAAGGCCUGGUCCAAGUACACCAAAGAGCUGCUGGCGUGGGUGGAGAAGCGUCUCAGCGUGGAUAUCGAGUGUGCGAAGAGUUACGCCAAAAUGGCAGAGUCUGCCAAGACGCUUGCAAGUCAGCAGGAAUUCAUGCCUUUCCGUGAGACCUACAUGACUGCUUUCAAAAAUGACAUUGAAUACAGCCAGCUGGUACUUCACACCACAGCUGUCCUCCAAAGCAACAAAUUCAUGCAGCCUCUUCUGGCCAGAAAGAACGAGCUGGACAAACUGAGAAAAGAGGUCAAGGAGCAGUGGCAGAGAGAGCAAAAGAAGAUGCACGAGGCGGACAACGCUCUGAGGAAGGCCCGGCUGCUGCAGGCCCAGCGGCACGAGGAGUAUGAGAAGGCCAAGGUGUCCACCAGCCGCCUGGAGGAGGAGCAGAUCGCAGGAGGUGGAGGAGGAGGCAGCGGAGGAGCAGCCACGGCCAAACAGCUCGAGAAGAGGCGCAGGCUGGAGGAGGAGGCCCUGCAGAAGGCGGAGGAGGCCAGAGAGCACUGCAAAGCCUGUCAGAUUGAUGUCGGGGAGAAGAGAAUCGAGUUGGCCAGCACCAAGAGUGAGAUCAUCACUCAGAUCCGAGAGAUGGUCUCCCAGUGCGACCUCACCCUCAAAGCUGUGACGGUCAACUGGUUCCAGCUCCAGCAGGCCCAGGUCGUAUCCCUGCCUGUCAACCACCAGAGUCUGUGUGAAAACGCCAAACUGUACGAGCCUGGCCAGCGCUACAUCGACUUCGUCAGGAGUCUGCCCACUGAUGGGCCUCACCUCGAGUCGCACUCCUUUGAUUCAGGCGCGACACAAAACGCAGGGAUGCCUUUCAACAAGCGCUCGCUAAGCGGCAGCCACUCGUCCCACAGUAACCUGUCGCAGGCAUCCGUCACUUCCGACCUGCUUGGUGCAGACGACCUCGAGAGUCACGUCAGCGGCCAACACGCCAAGAUCGUGGAGAGGCGAUCCAACUGCAGCACUGACAUCCAGGCAGCACUUCGGAUUCGUCCGUGGGCCUCAGGUGGCCAGGGUGGAGGGAUGUGCAGCGAUUCAGAAAGUGCAGGAGGGAGCAGCGAGUCCCGAUCCAUGGACUCGCCCACUGCCAGUCCAGGAGACUUCAAGAGGAGAUUACCAAGAACCCCCUCCACUGGCACCAUGUCGUCUGCUGAUGACCUGGAUGAGAGAGAGCCUCCCUCUCCCUCUGAUAACGGUUUAAGUGAGAUGGUAAUUGAAACAGCCAGCUCCCCAGGUCCCUUCAGGAACACCCAGAUGUCCAAGGCUGCUCAGACCCACAAGCUGAGGAAGCUCAGAGCGCCGUCCAAGUGUCGCGAGUGCGACAGCCUGGUGGUGUUUCACGGAGCUGAAUGCGAGGAGUGUUCGUUAGCCUGCCAUAAGAAAUGUCUGGAAACCCUGGCCAUCCAAUGUGGGCACAAGAAGCUUCAGGGGAGGCUUCACCUCUUCGGCAUCGACUUCACACAGGCAGCUAAGAACAGUCCAGACGGCAUCCCCUUCAUCAUACGCAAGUGUACAUCAGAGAUUGAGAACAGAGCGCUCAACAUCAAGGGGAUCUACCGCGUGAACGGUGCCAAGUCUCGAGUGGAGAAGCUGUGCCAGGCAUUUGAGAACGGCAAGGACCUGGUAGAGCUCUCUGAACUUUAUCCCCACGACAUCAGCAACGUGCUCAAACUCUACCUGAGACAGCUUCCAGAGCCGCUCAUCCUGUUUCGCUACUACAAUGACUUUAUUGGUUUGGCCAAAGAGAGCCAGAGUAUCAUUGUGGAGGAACUGGAGGCCCUGAGGCUCAGUCUCACGCCGGUGGCACCAGCCCAGAUCAGCGUGGAGCUCAACCGGGUCCUCUUCAAGAUCAAGGACCUGUUGAGGCAGCUGCCACCAGCUCAUUACAAGACUCUGCAGUUCCUCAUAGAGCAUCUGCACCGGGUGACAGAGCAGUCAGAGGAGAAUAAGAUGACAGCCAGCAACCUGGGCAUCAUCUUUGGUCCAACACUGAUCAAACCAAGGCAGGCGGACGCCGAAGUUUCCCUUUCCUCCCUGGUUGAUUACCCGUAUCAGGCACUCAUUGUUGAGCUCCUGAUCAGACACUACCAGAUGGUCUUUGACACCCCCCUCAGUCCCCUGGGCAGCUCCUCGCCUGCCGAGAUCGAAGCCCAGCCCCGCCUCACCCAGCAGGAGAAAGAGCAGCGGCUGAGCAGGCACUCAAAGUCGCUGGGAGACAUCAAGGAGCAGAGCUCUAAGGUGUAUAAGAGGCAUUCCUCUAUAAUUCCUUCUUCACACUUACUGGCUGAGGUUCAGGAGACCACACCAAGCCUCGAUGGGAAAGACUUUGAACCUGCUGAUGAAGUGGAUUCAGAGACCUUCAAUGGGGUUAUGUUGUCAAGCACCCCCGAGGUCCCAAAACCAGCUGAGAGAGGCCUCAGUCGUUCUCAGCACAUCACUGUCACCAGGGUCCAGCUCCGGCACCCUCGUGGCAAACUGUCCUCACGCCCAGUGAGUAUGCCGGCUGAGCAGAUACUGAACCGAGUCCACGAGAAUAACAACCGCAACAGCAGGGACCAACGUGACAGGAAAGGUGGCAGCUGUGAGCAGUCCAUCGAAGAGGUGGAUGAAACGGAGAACACAAAACUGCGAGUGAGCACACAUUAUCGGAGUACAUUUAUCGACACCCAGACUUUACGCAGGACUUGGGACAAACAGUAUAAACAUGAAGUUACUUCCAAAACUGUCAAAGUUGUGGCCAGUUCGUCCACAGAGAGCUCAGCUGAGGACACCAACAACUUACCAGCUUCUGUGCCCUUGUCCUCAAGCUUCUCCCUCGGAGGUUCUGGGAGCACUGUUGGCACCAUCUACCCCAGCAGACCAUACACUGUUGCAGUGCGACCCAGCAGGACUUUAAGAAGGGAGGACAAUGUGACCAAGUACAACUCUGUUGUGAAAGCUUUCAGGGCUCCCAGAACUCUUCAGCCUCCCCCAGGGACCUUUUACAAGCCUCCAUCAGGGAGCAAAGCGCUGCAGAACUCUUCGCUAGCUAACAGCGCUGAGGAAGAGGAUGAGGAGGAAGAGGACGAUGAUGAUGAUGAGGAGGAGGAGGAGUUGGGGAUUGAGAUAGAGGUGUCUGUAGAUGAGCCCCUUGAGGAAGACAUUGAGCCUGAGCAGGCAGCCAUGUCUCCCAGCUCAAGCCCUGAGGAACUUGGCCAAAACCAGGCCAAACCAGUGUAUCAGAGACUCAGGUCCCGACGCCUCCAAGAGGUCGAACAUCGAGAGGCUCAUUUUGUGUAAUCAUCUGGGCCGUCAGAGGUCUAAAAGACAGAACUCGAAUGUGAACAAUGUCUGCCAUAUUCGGUUGCAUGACAACCCUGCUAAGACGGUUUCCAGACACACUGAGAUUGUUGGCACUGUGUGGACAAUGAAAUGUACCUUUUCCUUCUCAAAAGGCAAACAAGAUGCACUUAAAAUUCUGUAUAUUUUUAACAUGAUUCACCACCAAUAUUUCAUUUACCAAUCACUCGCUCAGUACAUGCUGUCAGAAUAUUUAUAAGUCUUUUUGAAACUGUGCAAUUACAUUUGAAUAUUUUGUAAGUUCUUACAGGCUCCCUUUCUGUAUAUAUUUAUAUACCAAAAAGCAGUUUGAAUUUUUACAGUAGCCACAAUAUUGAACAUAGUUUGGUGCACUUACACAUCAAUAAUCAUUCACAAAUCUUUUCUGAGUCAUGUUUACUGUGAGUCAGGAUGUUUUUAAACAUUACAUUUAGGUUAAGACUAAUCAUUUUGCUAAUAACUUGUGUAUAAAUCAAUAUAUUGACCUUAUCUGUACUGGUGUUUGGUAAUGUUAUGAAGCACCAGUAGCAAAGGGUAUACAUCCACUUGUUUUUGUACUGUUGAACUUGUAUCUGAAAAGCUUUUAGAGGUGCCACUGGAUUGUAUAAUGGCAUUAUCUUUCUUAUUUUAAGAUAACAUUUCUUCAUAGCCAAAGCUGUUUUUCUUUUUACAACUGAAGUAGUUUUAUCAGUAAACUAAACCUUACAGGUUCUUUGUAAUUAAUCAGAAGUACAUUGUUUAUUUAAACUGUAUCUGUUUUUCAUGGUAAUGCGUGAAGUUGACAGAAUGUUGAAAAGUUCAGUCUAAAACAGGUACAAGAAAACAAACACCCUUUUGUAACUUAUUAAAAUAUAUCUGACCACCUCCA